UUUUUUUUUUUGUUUGGAACAUGGAAUACUUUAUGCUUCGCGAGGGCGAGAAGCUGACUGGCGAGCAGAUUGAGCGUCGUCAGGAGCUCCGCAAGAAGGUCGACACGCUGCGGGAGAGCUUCACGUCGCGCGCCGAGAUUCUCGUCCACGAGACAAUGCCCGAGAAGGUCGCUCAGCUUGAUGCCAUCAUCACGUCGGACAUCUUCCGAAUCACGGAUCUGUCACUCGUCGAGUCCCCACUGGGCAUCCCACUGCCAUUCGAGUCAGACGCCACCAAGGACAUCAACACCCUCGUGCUUGCCACUGCCUCUGGAUCCUCCGCCGGCGUCAAGCUCGAGUCGGGCAUCUCAAAGAAGCGACGUCUCGAGGACGACGACGGUGCGCCUUCCGUUGUCACCACCGCCACCAAUGGCGAGUCCGCCGCCAAACCAGCAUUCCAGGCCUUGGAUCGCGAGCCGCGCGGCUUCAGCACCACCCACACUGCGUUGAUUCCCUCAAACAAGCUAAUUCAACGAAUUCUCGACAUGCUCAAGAAGGAGAUUGAGGAGCUGUUCAACAUUUGCAACUGCGUCAAGAUGUGGAUUCAACUGAACAUUCCCCGCGUCGAGGGCGGCAACAACCUCGGUGUCGGCGUGCAAGUCGAGACUGUCGAUGAGCUUGGCAAGGCCGAAGAGAGCGGCUUUGCCCUUCUUGACAGCAUGAGCAAGUAUUAUCAGAUGCGUGCCAAGCUUGUUUCCAAGGUUCUCAAAUACCCCACCAUCGAAGACUACCGUCAAAGCGUGGUAGAGUUUGACCAGAAGCAGUACACCAACCUGCGCGUGUGCGUUUUGGACCUCCGUAACAACUACGCCAUCCUCUACGACGUCAUCAACAAGAACAUUGAAAACAUCAAGAAGCCGCGAAGCGACGAGCACGUUGCAUCGCUGUAUUGAUUCUCCAUGUUAACGCAAAUGCCGUGUGUGUGUGUGGUGUGUGUUUGACUCGUUUAUCAACCUUGACGGGCGCAAUAUGAAUCGUAUCCUUUUUCUUUUGUUUGAAUGCGCCCAGGCAGCGUCCGCAUGCAUGUGCGGAAUGGACUGAUCCCAGCCUGCUGGAGUCAUUGUUGUUGCAUUCCGUGUUUGACCGCUCGUGCUUUUUGUUUUUUGUUUUUUUUUUAAUUUUUGGUAUUACAAGUGCUUAUCUAU